CGUACGCGGUGUGUGUUUGUGUUGCUACACUAUUUGACAGCUCGACUGUUCUGUUCCUGCGCGUUACCAUUACAGACCAUCCGACACCGACGGUGGGAUGGGGCACGGUUUCUUUUGAGUUGACAGCACUGGAUAUUAUAAAUGUGUAGUUUUGUGUAGCACGGUAAAUAUACACGAAACGGAGGCCAUGUACCGAUCAACUCAGGUUUGAUCGUAGAAGAUGCUCGGACCUGAAGACUGGUGCUGGAAUUACGAAGACAUGAUGUAGCCAUUGAGCUGGUGAUCUGUAGCUAGUCAGCCUCCAAAGACGGCGUUUCUCAUCUGAUCGAGUUCCAACCUUCGUGAGUCAAGAUUUUCAUCCCUUCGUAAAAAUGAGACUUAAGUGAUCAGUGACUAGGGAGAUGACGACUUUCCAGGACGUGAGCUGGCUGGUUCAGGUGGCGCUCUUCUGCGCCUCGCUGCUGGUCGUACUAGCCUGGCUCGUUCAGUUCUCACUGGCGUUGCUUCGCCCUAGGUGGUGCACGAGGGUCCAGGGCAAGAGGGAUACUCCAUGGCAGCUGCCCUUGAGUCUCACCCACCAGACGCUGACAGGCGGUGUGUGGGGUUCCCUCCUGAGGCUGCGACUGGGGCGAGACGGGGCAGGGAGUGACACUGAGGCGGGCGUCAAAGGUCUUUUGUCCUCGCUUUUUGCGUUCAAGUCCUUCAGGGAGCACUGGCAGAGAGCCUGGGUGCGAGCGCUCAACGAACAGGCCUGCAGACAAGGGAGCUCCAUUCAAAUCACCUUUGAUGACAGUCUUCAGCUCCCAACUUCUGCAUCCAUUAGCCGUGUAACUUGCACUGACCAAUCAGUACGCAGCAUGGUCCUGCAGUGCAAUUGUUCGGUCGACACCAUAACAUUCCCCGUGACUGUCACUCAGCAGUCACCUGCAGCUGUUUCCAUGGAUACCUACCAGAUCACGAUGAAGCCCAUGCAGGCCCAGUUGCAGGUCUGUCUUGAGGAAGUGGAGGAAGAGGGUCUCCUUGUGUCCUGGACUUUUUCCAAGCAACCUCAUCUCUCUUUAACUGUAACACCAUGCCAAAGAGUCCAGAAAGAGGGCUCUGACGUGGAGGUGGACAGCGAUAUGAUUGCGGCGCUGGUGGAGGACACCCUGUACACAACACACCCUGCCAUGAUCCUUAACCUGAGAGCCUGUGUAUCAAGCCCUGCGUUUCCCAGGGAGAAGCAGAUCGGUGGUCUGAACUCUCCAUCUCAGAGCACGCCUGUCAGGCGGAUUUUGGUACACCAACUCAAAGCAACCAAUGUCAAAAAAGGAUGUCAGGCUCAUGUAGGAGAGCUUUGUUGUGUGCUGAAUCUGGACACUCCUUCCAUUGAACGGAGAACCGGCUUCCUUUCUCCUUCCCCCAGUCCUGGAGCAGCCCUGCACUGGACUGACGACUUUACACUGGAAGUAGGACCAGAAACCAAAGAACUUAAAGUAAGACUUGUGGAGAAGAACAGCAAAGGAGAACAGUUUCUGCCUGGUUGUGCUUCCUUACAACUGGAUCUCUCUAAAAGAAUUCCUAAUGGACACCAUAAACUGUCCAUCGCACCGGGUCAUGGUCUGGCUCCAACUGCAGUUGUAACAUUAGAACUGCUGUAUUUAGAGUCCAGUGAUUUGCGUGCAUGUCAGAAUGCCACUCCUCUGCGAUCCACGGUCACUCCCUCAAAGAAGGUGGACGUGGACCGGACCAUCAUGCCCGAUGGCACCAUUGUCACCACUGUAACUACCAUCCAGUCACGACUAAAACUGGACCGCAAAAUAGGAGACUCACCGUCUAGGUCUCCCUCAAAGGUGGAGGUGACUGAAAAGGCUCCCACCGUGCUCACAAACAGCUUGCAGAGCACCAGUGCCAGUCCCACCCCCAGCACAGAAGGCACCCUCCCUAAUGGGCUGGAUCCCGUAGCAGAAACGGCCAUUCGGCAGCUAACCGAGUCGGCCGGUAAAGUACCCAAGAAGACGCCUACUAAACGCAGCACUCUCAUCAUAUCUGGGGUGUCAAAGGUCCCCAUUACUGAAGAUGACUCAGCCUUAUCAGUGGGCUACGCUGCAGCAAUGGACGCAGCCCUACAGGGGGCACAUUCUCCCAGCGGAGCCCCGAACCACCACGGAGCAUCUGCGCAUCAGGAAACAGACGAAACUACGCCGUCUGACGUGUCAGAGCGACCGUCCGUGGAUGACGUGGACUCGGAGACGGGAUCGACUGGAGCGCUAGAGACCCGUAGCCUCAAAGACCACAAAGUGGGAUUCCUCCGCAGUGGCACCAAGCUACUAUUCCGCAGGAAACACAGAGAGAAAGACCCCAGUUUCAGUCAUUCCCACGAAGACAUCUCUAACCUGGGCAAUGACUCCUCCACAGCCUCCUGCUCGUCCACCAGCCGCAAAAAGUCUGGAAGCUUUUCUCGCCGCCUCAUCAAACGCUUUUCGUUCCGCUCAUCCAAGACAAAGGGCAAAUCCAGCACAGCCAAUGGAGGGUCCGGCACUACAGAUAACUAAAGGAGAAAUAAAAAGGAAAGACGAAAAAGAGAGACACGGUGCAGGCACCAGUCAAAUGAGAGUGGAAUUGGCUCCAGAACUUAUUUAUGUUAUAUACUGAUUGUCCACAGCCUAGUGGGGGUAACGUAAUACUUCAGACCACAUUUGUACACAGGAAGCCAGCCUUGUUUUGGUGUUUUCUGACAGGACAUCAUCAUUCGUCUAGAAUUAAGCUUUUCAGGAUGGAAAACGCCAAAAAAAUGUGGAAAAUAAAAGGAUUUGACUAUGUGUGGAUGCACUGGUAACCUAAUUAAUUUGUUAAAACGGAUAAAAGGCUGCUUUUGUGGAUGACUACGAGCGAACAAACUUGAGAAACUCAAAAUGGGCGGGAGUGUCAUGCGGUUAUUGAGCACAAGGGGGCGACAUAGACCAAUGACUAAUGAUGCCUCCAACACUGUCGCUAUGUGUUGUUUUUCUUAUUUAUUUCAUUUCAUCAGUUGCACUUUGGAUCUUAAUCUCAUUGUUUACAGUGCUGGGGAGCUCCUUUUCUGACGGUUUUUUUUAAUCAUGUCUGUGUAUCGUUUACUGUAAUCGGCACUGAUUUAUUUCUCCUGAGCUCAUUAGGAGUAACUUAUUUCCAGAGUGUGAUAUAUGCUAAAGACAUGCUGUGAGCUUUGUUCUCGUUUUGCUGUUGCUAUAGCAUUUAGAUCAAGGGAUUUUAUGCCCUGUUUUCAAAUAGUGGUACGUUUGACUUUCAUUGUGGCUUAAUAAUCUUUUAUAAUGAUGUUUAUAUUUGUUUAAGAAAACGGAAACGUUAAGUUACUGUAGGCAUAUCUCACUAAAUUACGUUCGUGCUUUGGUUGUAAAGUAUAAGCCCUUCAUAUGACAAAAGGGACACACUACAGGAGAAAAAAAAACGCAAACGCAUUUGUGUAUAUUUAUAAACUAUUCCACGAGUUAUUGUAAAUGUACAACCUCUUGAGCUACACCAGGCGGAAUCUGCAGUGGAGAAAAAAGUGCUAUUUUCAGGGUCCACGUGAAAACAAACCUCAGGGGAAACUAUGAAAAGGUUAAAAUAUGUUUAAUCACUUUAUCUAUCUCUUUCUUUUUUGUAAAAGAUAGCUUCUUGAACAAAACAGACGUUACCCCAAUAUCAUACAAUCCCGUUUCCUCUUCUUUUUAUUCAUUUAGUUGCAAUAAACUUAUUUAGAGGAACGGGCACCCGCACGUUCUCUACGUAAACACAAGUAGAUACAAUUCCUCAUAAUAGCAUAGAUAGCCGUGAUAAUAUUAAACAACGUUUUAUUAUUUUCUGAUUAACUCGUAAUUCGCGUUUAAAGGUAUAGUUCACACUAUCACUAUUCACCUCGGUUUACUUUGAAUGGAUCACAGAUGCAAUAGUGACAAGGCUGUUUAUCCGCAUACAAUCUUUUUCUAUUGCACGACAUUAAACCAUAGUUUUAAACGUUAAGAGUGAAUAAAUGAAGACAAAUCUUAUUUUGGGUGAACUAUCCCUUUAAGGAAUCUCUCUCCGUAUCCCCCAUCCCAUAUGAUCUGUGCAUAUUUCAGCAUUUGGUUCUAUCAAAUAUAUGAAAUAAUCAUAGCUUUGAAAAAACACAAUAGGUUGUUAAAUUAACUGAAUUUUACCAAUAAAACGAUGACUCACGGUUCAUGAAUCAAUGACAAAGUGCUUGUUUGCUAUAGUUAGUGUAACUCCUGGAGCAUAAAGCCUGAAAAUGUUAUAUGACCAGAAUGUUAUGAUAACAGCGAACAAUCUAAAGCGAAGGCAGUGGACCUUCUGAGGUAUUCGGCGCUUUGUAUGAUUGUGGUUAAUUUGAUGUUUAAUUUAUUCUGAAUAAAUUAUUUUUGAAAAUCCA